GCAGCUGAGUCCCCGUGCCAAUGUCUUUAUUUUGGUCAACCUUGGCUGCGAGAUGCUCUAUGUGAUUGAUCAGCGGCUGAAGGCGCAACAAAUCGCCAAGGACAAGUCGGUACAAGUUAUCCACGAUGUGACUUCAGUACUGCUGGAUCCCAAGUUCAUCGACUCCCUGCUGAACGGCUCCAAGCACAACAAUGCCCAGCUCCUGACAGUCGAGCACUGCAAAUUCAUGCUGAACGAUAUAGCCACCUGCUCCGUGAUGCGCAUUGAUGAACAGUCCAUGGGCAAGCUCUGGAACCUGAUGACCAUGCUAUACAAAUGGCAGCUGUUCGUUUCCAGGCACCAGCACCAUUUGCUCGAGAUAACCUUCCGACACCUGGAGGCCAUCAACAAGAUGUAUCCGGACUCCAAGCGCCACAUGCUGAUUGACUUUACCAAGAACACUCUGCUGGACUUUUGGAACGCCAGUGGGGAGGAGGCGCAGCUGUCCAUUUACAAUACCAACAAGGCCUGGUUGGAGUGCUUCAAUACGAAAAUAUCGCUGCUGAUUCGGCUAGGUUUCCAGGCCAUGGACGGCAGCUUUUUCAAGGAGGUGGAUCAGGAGUACUUCGGCGACUAUGUCCAGACCAUUGGUGACAACAUGUACGUGAAGAGUGAGGAGGCGCAUCAGCAGAGCGCGCGAGAGCCCAACAGCAUGGACAAACUGGCUGCCCAGCUGAACAUCAGUCCACUGCCUGCAGGCGAGGACCUGCAGCCCAUAAAUGCCCGCCAGUUCCAGGAGCAGUUUGAGCAGGCGUUUGGCAAUGUUCUGUUCGAUGAGGGCCAUUCCUCCACCUCAACAGGUUGCGAGUUUGUGCAGCUCCAGACAGCUGCUCGGACAAACACGGAAGCCCCCCACAGCAGGAGGGACUCCAUACUCAAUCAGAAUCUCAUCGACUUGUACAGCAAGAUGGCUUAGAAAUUACGGAGAUAUUUACAAUUAAAAAAUAUUGUAUUUCUCAUUUA